AUGACACUCCCUCCCUCAGGGUUUAGUGAAGUAUCUUGCAGUGAAAAUGUCUCAGUAAGAAGAGGAGGCAUCAUGAAGAGGCUGGCAGGCACUGUGCUGGGGCUUUUGUUUGCCCAGGUUUGCUCUGUGAGAGGGGAGGAUGUGGAGCAGAGUCCCCCAGCCCUGAGUCUCCAGGAGGGAGCCAGCUACACGCUUCGGUGUAAUUUUUCUGCCUCUGUGACCAAUGUACACUGGUAUCUUCAGAACCCUGGGGGCCGCAUCAUCCACCUGUUUUCUGUUCCUUCAGGGACAAAGCAGGAUGGAAGAUUAAAGGCCACCACAGUCCCUGCAGAACGCCGCAGCUCACUGCACAUUUCCUCUCCGCGGACCACAGACUCGGGCACUUACUUCUGUGCUGCGCAGCACGGUGCUCCCCAGGCACCUGCAGCCUCUACACGAACCCUCCCGGGGCUCAGCCCCUCCUCCAGCCUCAGUCACACCAUGAGGCCCCCACAGGGCAUUUGCAGUGCUGAUUGUUUCUUACCUGCACUGGUACAGUUUUAA